AUGGCCUUCCUCGUGGGCGGGAAGACGAGGGACAUCGUGAGAGGAAGCGGCCUGCAGAUGAAGCCCGGGGUGGGGGCCGGGGGCCGGGGCCAGCAGAGGAAUGAGCGCAGCCCCGAAAUCAACAGGGGCUCACAGGAGGGGCUGGACAUGGGGCUGAGUGUGAGGCUGCGUGCGAAGCUGCGUGCUGACCACCCUCCCCCACUGAGUGAGGGGCCGGCUGCGGCAGGCAGGACCCGCCUGGGUAGCUUUGCAGGAGCUCUGCCGGCCACGGGGGCUGCCAGCACCACUGCCCUGGUGUGGCUUCGGGUGGACAGGAUGGGCCCCCCAGGCGGGUGCCAGGCACUGGCAUGGGCCCUCCUGGCCCUGCUCCUGGUGCAGAAGGCAGAGAUGCAGGACAGCGGGGAGCUGAGCUGGGCCAGCGCAGAGGCCACCAAGAACGCCCGGCCCAUGGUCUUCCUCCCACCUGUCACCAUCGCUGGCUUCCCCACCAUAAGCCCCCUGAACCCGGCCCACAACGGGCGGGUCUGCAGCACCUGGGGCGACUUCCACUACAAGACCUUCGACGGCGACAUCUUCCGCUUCCCCGGCCGCUGCAACUACGUCUUCUCCGCGCACUGCGGGGCCGCCUACGAGGACUUCAACGUGCAGCUCCGCCGCGGCCAGGCCGGCUCCAGGCCCGUCAUCACCCGUGUCGUCCUCAAGACCCAGGGGCUGGUGCUGGAGGUCUCCAACGGCUCCAUCCUCAUCGACGGACAGCGGGAGGAGCUGCCCUACAGCCGGGCUGGCCUCCUGGUGGAGCAGAGCAGCAGCUACAUCAAGAUCACCGUCAGGCUGGUGCUGACCUUCAUGUGGAACGGAGAGGACAGUGCCCUGCUGGAGCUGGACCCAAAGUACGCCAACCAGACCUGCGGCCUCUGUGGGGAUUUCAACGGGCUGCGUGCCGUCAGCGAGUUCUACAGCCACAACGCCAGGCUGACCCCGCUUCAGUUCGGGAACCUGCAGAAGCUGGAUGGGCCCACGGAGCAGUGUGAGGACCCCCAACCCUCCCCAGCCGACAACUGCACUGUGGAGGACGGCGUCUGCCGCCGCACCCUGUGGGGCCCAGGCUUCGAAUCCUGCAACCAGCUGGUGGACGCCGAGGCCUAUGUGGUGGCCUGCGCCCAGGACCUGUGCCGCUGCCCCAGCUGCCCGUGCGCCACCUUCGCCGAGUACUCCCGCCAGUGCGCCCACGCCGGGGGCCGGCCGCAGAGCUGGAGGGGCCCGGACCUCUGCCCCCGGACAUGCCCUCUCAACAUGCAGCACCAGGAGUGCGGCUCGCCCUGUGUGGACACCUGCUCCAACCCCCAGCGCUCCCAGCUGUGUGAGGACCACUGCAUAGACGGCUGCUUCUGCCCCCCAGGCACGGUGCUGGAUGACGUCACGAACACCGGCUGCCUGACCCUGGACCAGUGCCCCUGCAGCCACGGCGGCCGUACCUACACCCCGGGGGCCUCCUUCACCACCAGCUGCAGCUCCUGCACCUGCUCCGGGGGGCUGUGGUGGUGCCAGGACCUCCCGUGCCCCGGCACCUGCUCUGUCGAGGGCGGCUCCCACAUCUCCACCUAUGACGAGAGGCUCUACGACCUGCACGGGGACUGCGGCUACGUCCUGUCGAAGAAAUGUGGGGACAGCGACUUCGCCGUGCUGGCCGAGCUACGGAAGUGCGGCCUGACGGACAACGAGAACUGCCUCAAAACUGUGACACUGAGCCUGAACGGCGGGAACACGACCAUCCGGAUCCAGGCCAACGGCGGGGUCUUCAUGAAUUCCAUCUACACCCAGCUGCCCCUGUCAGCAGCAAACAUCGUGGUCUUCAAGCCCUCGACCUUCUUCAUCCUGGUGCACACUGGCCUCGGGCUGCAGCUGGAGGUGCAGCUGGUGCCCCUUAUGCAGGUGUUCCUCAGGCUGGACCCUGCCCACCAAGGCCAGAUGUGCGGUCUCUGCGGGAACUUCAACCAGAACCAGGCGGACGACUUCCGGACCCUCAGCGGCGUGGUGGAGGGCACGGCCGCCGCCUUCGCCAACACCUGGAAGACGCAGGCCGCCUGCCCCAACGUCAGGAACAGCUUUGAGGACCCCUGCGCCCUCAGCGUGGAGAAUGAGAAAUACGCCCAGCACUGGUGCUCCCUGCUGACCGACCCCGCCGGCCCCUUCUCGCCCUGCCACUCCGUCGUCAGCCCCGGGCCUUUCCACUCACACUGCCUGUUCGACACCUGCAACUGUGAGAACAGCGAGGACUGCCUGUGCGCCGCCCUGUCUUCCUACGUCCGCGCCUGCGCCGCCCGUGGCGUGCUGCUCCGCGGCUGGAGGGCCGGCGUCUGCGCCAAGUACAUGAGCUCCUGCCCCAAGUCCCAGAACUACUCCUACGUGGUGAGCAGCUGCCAGCCCACCUGCCGGGCCCUGAGCGAGACUGAUGUCACCUGUGGUGUCACCUUUGUGCCCAUGGACGGCUGCGCCUGCCCCCAAGGCACCUUCCUGGACGACACGGGCAGCUGUGUGUCUGCCGAGGCCUGUCCCUGCUACUUCCACGGCUCCAUGGUAGCCCCCGGGGAAGUGGUGCACGACCACGGCGUGGUGUGCUCGUGCACCCGGGGGAAGCUGAGCUGCCUGGGCACCGCGGAGCAGACCAGAACGGGCUGCGUGGCCCCCAUGGUGUACCUGAACUGCAGCAACGCCUCGGCUGGCGCACUCGGGGCCGAGUGCCUCCGGAGCUGCCACAUGCUGGACGUGGACUGCUUCAGUGCACACUGCGUGUCCGGCUGCGUCUGCCCCCCGGGGCUGCUGUCCGAUGGCACCGGGGGCUGCGUGGCCAAGGAGGACUGCCCCUGUCUGCACAACGAGGCCUCCUACCGGCCCGGGGACACCAUCAGGGUGGACUGUAACACCUGCACCUGCCGGAACCGCCGAUGGGACUGCAGCCACAGGCCCUGCCUGGGCACCUGUGUGGCCUAUGGGGACAGCCACUUCAUCACCUUCGACGGCGAGCGGUACAGCUUCGAGGGCAGCUGCGAGUACACGCUGGCCCAGGACCACUGCGGCGGCAACGGCAGCACCAACGGCACCUUCCGCAUUGUCACCGAGAACGUUCCCUGUGGGAGCACGGGUGUCACCUGCUCCAAGGCCAUCAAGCUCUUCCUGGAGAACUAUGAGGUGAUACUCCAUGAAGGCACCUACAAGGUGGUGCAGAGGGGGCUGGGCGGAGACCUGCCCUACAGGAUCCGAUACAUGGGCACCCAUCUGGCCAUCGAGACCCGCAGAGGCCUGGUCGUGUCCUGGGACCGGAAGACCAGCGUGUUCAUCCGGCUGCACCAGGAUUACAAGGGGAGGGUCUGCGGGCUGUGCGGGAACUUCGACGACAACGCCCUCAAUGACUUCACCACUCGGAGCCAGUCCGUGGUGGGGGACGCUCUGGAGUUCGGCAACAGCUGGAAGUUCUCCCCGUCCUGCCCGGACGCCCCGGCCCCCAGGGACCCCUGCACCGCCAACCCCUACCGCAAGUCCUGGGCGCAGAAGCAGUGCAGCCUCCUCAACAGCGCCACAUUCGAGACCUGCCACUCUCAGGUCGACCCCACCAAGUACUACGAAGCCUGCGUGAGCGACGCGUGCGCCUGCGACUCGGGCGGCGACUGCGAGUGUUUCUGCACGGCGGUGGCCGCCUACGCCCAGGCCUGCCGCGAGGUGGGCGUGUGCGUGGCCUGGCGCACCCCCGACGUCUGCCCCCUGUUCUGCGACUACUACAACCCCCGCGGUGAGUGCGAGUGGCACUACCAGCCCUGCGGGGUCCCCUGCCUGCGGACCUGCCGGAACCCCAGUGGGCGCUGCCUGAUGGACCUGCCCGGCCAGGAAGGCUGCUACCCUAAGUGUCCGCCCAACAAGCCGUUCUUCAGCGAGGAUCAGAUGAGGUGUGUGGCCCAGUGUGGCUGUUACGAUGACGACGAGAACUACCACGAAGUUGGUACCAGGGUCCCCACGGAGGAGAACUGCCAGAGCUGUAACUGCACCCCAGACGGCAUCCGGUGCACACACAGCCUCGCGGCCUGUAAGUGCACCUACGAGGGUAAGACCUACAGCUACGGGGACGUCAUCUACAACACGACCGACGGGCUGGGUGCCUGCCUGACUGCUGUCUGCGGAACCAACGGCACAAUCACCCGGAAGACCACGGAAUGUCCGGGAACACCCUCCACCACACCCUUCACCUUCACCUCCACUGCGGCUCCACCCUCCACAACAGGCUCGGUCCCCACCCUCUCCACCGUGUGCGUGCAUGAGCUGUGCCACUGGUCAGCCUGGUAUGAUGGCAGCCGUCCAGAGCCUGGCAUGGGAGGUGGAGACUUCGAGACAUUUGCGAACCUGAGGCAGAGGGGCCACCACAUCUGCCCAGACCCCAGUCGCAUUGAGUGCAGGGCGCAGCUGCUGCCCAACACGCCCCUGGAGCAGCUGGGCCAGAAGGUGGAGUGCGACCCAGCGCGGGGGCUCACGUGCCUCAACAGCGAGCAGAGCCCCCCACUCUGCCACAACUACGAACUGCGGGUGCUCUGCUGUGACUACGUGCCCUGCAGCACCUCCCCAGGCCCGGCCCCCAGGCCCUCGUCCACCUCCGCCGUCCAGACAUCAACACCCUGGGCCACAGAGACCCGGGGGGCCAGCAGCUCCCAGGCUCCAAGCACCACCUGCCAGCCCCGGUGUCAGUGGACGCAGUGGUUCGACGAGGAUUACCCGCAGUCCGAGGAGGCCGGCGGGGACGUCGAGUCCUUCGACAGGAUCAGGAGUGCGGGUGGUGCCGUGUGCGCGCGGCCUCUGGACAUAGAGUGCCGGGCCGAGGGUUUCCCCGACAGGCGCCCGGAGGAGCUGGGGCAGCGAGUGCACUGCGACCCCGGCUUCGGCCUGGUCUGCAGGAACUCGGAGCAGCAGGGCCUGUUCAAGAUGUGUUACAACUACAGAAUCCGCCUGCUGUGCUGCACCUACAGCCACUGUGAGGGGCACGGGCCUGUCACCACCAGCACCGCUGCCACCACCGGCACCGCGGCCUCGAGGAGCCCCACGCCUCCUCCAGCCUCCACAAAGUACACACCCGUGCUGUGGACCAGCGGGGGCCCCUCACAGGGAAGCACCAAGGAGCCAGAGACCACGCAUACACACACAGCUCACCCCAAAACGAGAACACCAGGGGGCUCUUCUGGCACGGUCUCCACCCGCCCGCUGUCUCCAUCACACACUGGGACCAGCACACCCAGCACAGGGACCCAGGUGCCCACGACCACCGCAGAGGCCACCACCAGUCGUCCCGUGCCCGGCUGUGAACCCAAGUGCGAGUGGACAGAAUGGUUUGACGUGGACUUCCCCACUUCUGGGGUUGCAGGCGGGGACAUGGAGACCUACGACAACAUCAGAGCCGCAGGUGGCAAGAUGUGCCCAAAGCCGCGAAAGAUUGAGUGCCGGGCAGAGAACUACCCGGAGGUCAGCCUGGACCAGAUCGGCCAGGUGGUCAGCUGCAGCCUGCAGGCCGGCCUGGUGUGCAGGAAUCAGGACCAGAAGGGUCAGUUUAACAUGUGCUUCAAUUACAAUGUCCGCCUGCUCUGCUGCCAGGAGGCACUUCACUGCCCCACUGCUGGGACACUGACGUCUCAGGGCCUCUCAUCCACCCAAAACUCACCCACCCCCUCCCAGACGCCCGCCACCACAGAGCAGGCCCCAUCAAGUGCCCCAGAAACAGCCCCGCUGCACACAGCCACCCCCAGGGUCCUCACCAGCAGUGCCAUCUUUGGUACCACCCUGGUCUACAGCACCCAGAGAACCAGCCCCCUCUUGACCACCUCAACCUCUGUGACUGGGGUAUCCAAGGGCACCACCCGGGUCCCAGGGCCCACCCAACAGACCCGAGGCCCCGGCACCUCAGCCAGCACAACCCGGGCCACCUCCAGCCCAGGGCCCAGCACCUGGGAAUCACCGUCGCCCCCCGGUCCUCUGACCACCAGCCCCUUGCCGGGAACCACCCAGGGCCCUUCAUCGGCGGCCCCCACUCCCACGGUGACUCCGGUGGAGACCCGGACCUCACCCAGGCUGUCCUCGGCCACCGCCACCACACCGGGCAAGGCCCCUGAGUGUGUGCCGCGCUGUGUCUGGACAGACUGGCUGGACCAGAGCUACCCCAUGCCGGGGCCCUCGGGCGGCGACUUUGAGACCUUCGACAACAUCCGAGCGGCCGGCAGGCUUCCGAUGUGCGCGGCCCGCGGGCCUGGAGUGCCGGGCCCAGUCCGAGCCCCGAGGUGCCCCUGCAGCAGCUGGGCCAGGUGGUGCUGUGCAGCCUGGCGGAGGGCCUGGUGUGCCGCAAUCGCGACCAGAGCGGCAGGUUCACGCUGUGCCUCAACUACGAGGUCCGCCUGCUCUGCUGUGACGCACUACCGUCACUGCCCCUCAACUCCGGCCACCAGCACGGCCCCUUCCUCGCCUCCCGGGAGCACCGGCACCUCCGGGCUGCCCUCCACAACGGCCACCACCCUAAGCGGAUCCUCCCGGGGCACCACCCGGGUCCCAGGGCCCACCCAACAGACCCGAGGCCCCGGCACCUCAGCCAGCACAACCCGGGCCACCUCCAGCCCAGGGCCCAGCACCUGGGAAUCACCGUCGCCCCCCGGUCCUCUGACCACCAGCCCCUUGCCGGGAACCACCCAGGGCCCUUCAUCGGCGGCCCCCACUCCCACGGUGACUCCGGUGGAGACCCGGACCUCACCCAGGCUGUCCUCGGCCACCGCCACCACACCGGGCAAGGCCCCUGAGUGUGUGCCGCGCUGUGUCUGGACAGACUGGCUGGACCAGAGCUACCCCAUGCCGGGGCCCUCGGGCGGCGACUUUGAGACCUUCGACAACCUCCGGGCGGCCGGCAGGCUUCCGUGUGCGCGGCCCGCGGGCCUGGAGUGCCGGGCCCAGUCCGAGCCCCAGGUGCCCCUGCAGCAGCUGGGCCAGGUGGUGCUGUGCAGCCUGGCGGAGGGCCUGGUGUGCCGCAACCGCGACCAGAGCGGCAAGUUCCCGCUGUGCCUCAACUACGAGGUCCGCCUGCUCUGCUGUGACGACUACCGUCACUGCCCCUCAACUCCGGCCACCAGCACGGCCCCUUCCUCGCCUCCCGGGAACACCGGCACCUCCGGGCUGCCCUCCACAACGGCCACCACCCUACGCGGAUCCUCCCGGGGCACCACCCGGGGCUCAGAGGGCACCCGCCAGACCCCAGGCCCCGGCACCUCAGCCAGCACAACCCGGGCCACCUCCAGCCCAGGGCCCAGCACCUGGGAAUCACCGUCGCCCCCCGGUCCUCUGACCACCAGCCCCUUGCCGGGAACCACCCAGGGCCCUUCAUCGGCGGCCCCCACUCCCACGGUGACUCCGGUGGAGACCCGGACCUCACCCAGGCUGUCCUCGGCCACCGCCACCACACCGGGCAAGGCCCCUGAGUGUGUGCCGCGCUGUGUCUGGACAGACUGGCUGGACCAGAGCUACCCCAUGCCGGGGCCCUCGGGCGGCGACUUUGAGACCUUCGACAACCUCCGGGCGGCCGGCAGGCUUCCGUGUGCGCGGCCCGCGGGCCUGGAGUGCCGGGCCCAGUCCGAGCCCCAGGUGCCCCUGCAGCAGCUGGGCCAGGUGGUGCUGUGCAGCCUGGCGGAGGGCCUGGUGUGCCGCAACCGCGACCAGAGCGGCAGGUUCCCGCUGUGCCUCAACUACGAGCACGGCCCCUUCCUCGCCUGCGGGGAGCACCGGCACCUCCGGGCUGCCCUCCACAACGGCCACCACCCUAAGCGGAUCCUCCCGGGGCACCACCCGGGUCCCAGGGCCCACCCAACAGACCCGAGGCCCCGGCACCUCAGCCAGCACAACCCGGGCCACCUCCAGCCCAGGGCCCAGCACCUGGGAAUCACCGUCGCCCCCGGUCCUCUGACCACCAGCCCCUUGCCGGGAACCACCCAGGGCCCUUCAUCGGCGGCCCCCACUCCCACGGUGACUCCGGUGGAGACCCGGACCUCACCCAGGCUGUCCUCGGCCACCGCCACCACACCGGGCAAGGCCCCUGAGUGUGUGCCGCGCUGUGUCUGGACAGACUGGCUGGACCAGAGCUACCCCAUGCCGGGGCCCUCGGGCGGCGACUUUGAGACCUUCGACAACCUCCGGGCGGCCGGCAGGCUUCCGUGUGCGCGGCCCGCGGGCCUGGAGUGCCGGGCCCAGUCCGAGCCCCAGGUGCCCCUGCAGCAGCUGGGCCAGGUGGUGCUGUGCAGCCUGGCGGAGGGCCUGGUGUGCCGCAACCGCGACCAGAGCGGCAAGUUCCCGCUGUGCCUCAACUACGAGGUCCGCCUGCUCUGCUGUGACGACUACCGUCACUGCCCCUCAACUCCGGCCACCAGCACGGCCCCUUCCUCGCCUCCCGGGAGCACCGGCACCUCCGGGCUGCCCUCCACAACGGCCACCACCCUAAGCGGAUCCUCCCGGGGCACCACCCGGGUCCCAGGGCCCACCCAACAGACCCCAGGCCCCGGCACCUCAGCCAGCACAACCCGGGCCACCUCCAGCCCAGGGCCCAGCACCUGGGAAUCACCGUCGCCCCCCGGUCCUCUGACCACCAGCCCCUUGCCGGGAACCACCCAGGGCCCUUCAUCGGCGGCCCCCACUCCCACGGUGACUCCGGUGGAGACCCGGACCUCACCCAGGCUGUCCUCGGCCACCGCCACCACACCGGACUGGCUGGACCAGAGCUACCCCAUGCCGGGGCCCUCGGGCGGCGACUUUGAGACCUUCGACAACCUCCGGGCGGCCGGCAGGCUUCCGUGUGCGCGGCCCGUGGGCCUGGAGUGCCGGGCCCAGUCCGAGCCCCAGGUGCCCCUGCAGCAGCUGGGCCAGGUGGUGCUGUGCAGCCUGGCGGAGGGCCUGGUGUGCCGCAACCGCGACCAGAGCGGCAAGUUCCCGCUGUGCCUCAACUACGAGGUCCGCCUGCUCUGCUGUGACGACUACCGUCACUGCCCCUCAACUCCGGCCACCAGCACGGCCCCUUCCUCGCCUCCCGGGAGCACCGGCACCUCCGGGCUGCCCUCCACAAUGGCCACCACCCUAAGCGGAUCCUCCCGGGGCACCACCCGGGUCCCAGGGCCCACCCAACAGACCCGAGGCCCCGGCACCUCAGCCAGCACAACCCGGGCCACCUCCAGCCCAGGGGCCAGCACCUGGGAAUCACCGUCGCCCCCCGGUCCUCUGACCACCAGCCCCUUGCCGGGAACCACCCAGGGCCCUUCAUCGGCGGCCCCCACUCCCACGGUGACUCCGGUGGAGACCCGGACCUCACCCAGGCUGUCCUCGGCCACCGCCACCACACCGGGCAAGGCCCCUGAGUGUGUGCCGCGCUGUGUCUGGACAGACUGGCUGGACCAGAGCUACCCCAUGCCGGGGCCCUCGGGCGGCGACUUUGAGACCUUCGACAACCUCCGGGCGGCCGGCAGGCUUCCGUGUGCGCGGCCCGCGGGCCUGGAGUGCCGGGCCCAGUCCGAGCCCCAGGUGCCCCUGCAGCAGCUGGGCCAGGUGGUGCUGUGCAGCCUGGCCGAGGGCCUGGUGUGCCGCAACCGCGACCAGAGCGGCAAGUUCCCGCUGUGCCUCAACUACGAGGUCCGCCUGCUCUGCUGUGACGACUACCGUCACUGCCCCUCAACUCCGGCCACCAGCACGGCCCCUUCCCUCGCCUCCCGGGAACACCGGCACCUCCGGGCUGCCCUCCACAACGGCCACCACCCUACGCGGAUCCUCCCGGGGCACCACCCGGGUCCCAGGGCCCACCCGACAGACCCGAGGCCCCGGCACCUCAGCCAGCACAACCCGGGCCACCUCCAGCCCAGGGGCCAGCACCUGGGAAUCACCGUCGCCCCCGGUCCUCUGACCACCAGCCCCUUGCCGGGAACCACCCAGGGCCCUUCAUCGGCGGCCCCCACUCCCACGGUGACUCCGGUGGAGACCCGGACCUCACCCAGGCUGUCCUCGGCCACCGCCACCACACCGGGCAAGGCCCCUGAGUGUGUGCCGCGCUGUGUCUGGACAGACUGGCUGGACCAGAGCUACCCCAUGCCGGGGCCCUCGGGCGGCGACUUUGAGACCUUCGACAACCUCCGGGCGGCCGGCAGGCUUCCGUGUGCGCGGCCCGCGGGCCUGGAGUGCCGGGCCCAGUCCGAGCCCCAGGUGCCCCUGCAGCAGCUGGGCCAGGUGGUGCUGUGCAGCCUGGCGGAGGGCCUGGUGUGCCGCAACCGCGACCAGAGCGGCAAGUUCCCGCUGUGCCUCAACUACGAGGUCCGCCUGCUCUGCUGUGACGACUACCGUCACUGCCCCUCAACUCCGGCCACCAGCACGGCCCCUUCCCUCGCCUCCCGGGAGCACCGGGCCCACCCAACAGACCCGAGGCCCCGGCACCUCAGCCAGCACAACCCGGGCCACCUCCAGCCCAGGGGCCAGCACCUGGGAAUCACCGUCGCCCCCGGUCCUCUGACCACCAGCCCCUUGCCGGGAACCACCCAGGGCCCUUCAUCGGCGGCCCCCACUCCCACGGUGACUCCGGUGGAGACCCGGACCUCACCCAGGCUGUCCUCGGCCACCGCCACCACACCGGGCAAGGCCCCUGAGUGUGUGCCGCGCUGUGUCUGGACAGACUGGCUGGACCAGAGCUACCCCAUGCCGGGGCCCUCGGGCGGCGACUUUGAGACCUUCGACAACCUCCGGGCGGCCGGCAGGCUUCCGUGUGCGCGGCCCGCGGGCCUGGAGUGCCGGGCCCAGUCCGAGCCCCAGGUGCCCCUGCAGCAGCUGGGCCAGGUGGUGCUGUGCAGCCUGGCGGAGGGCCUGGUGUGCCGCAACCGCGACCAGAGCGGCAAGUUCCCGCUGUGCCUCAACUACGAGGUCCGCCUGCUCUGCUGUGACGACUACCGUCACUGCCCCUCCACUCCGGCCACCAGCACGGCCCCUUCCUCGCCUGCGGGGAGCACCGGCACCUCCGGGCUGCCCUCCACAACGGCCACCACCCUACGCGGAUCCUCCCGGGGCACCACCCGGGGCCCAGGGCCCACCCGCCAGACCCCAGGCCCCGGCACCUCAGCCAGCACAACCCGGGCCACCUCCAGCCCAGGGCCCAGCACCUGGGAAUCACCGUCGCCCCCCGGUCCUCUGACCACCAGCCCCUUGCCGGGAACCACCCAGGGCCCUUCAUCGGCGGCCCCCACUCCCACGGUGACUCCGGUGGAGACCCGGACCUCACCCAGGCUGUCCUCGGCCACCGCCACCACACCGGGCAAGGCCCCUGAGUGUGUGCCGCGCUGUGUCUGGACAGACUGGCUGGACCAGAGCUACCCCAUGCCGGGGCCCUCGGGCGGCGACUUUGAGACCUUCGACAACCUCCGGGCGGCCGGCAGGCUUCCGUGUGCGCGGCCCGCGGGCCUGGAGUGCCGGGCCCAGUCCGAGCCCCAGGUGCCCCUGCAGCAGCUGGGCCAGGUGGUGCUGUGCAGCCUGGCGGAGGGCCUGGUGUGCCGCAACCGCGACCAGAGCGGCAAGUUCCCGCUGUGCCUCAACUACGAGGUCCGCCUGCUCUGCUGUGACGACUACCGUCACUGCCCCUCAACUCCGGCCACCAGCACGGCCCCUUCCUCGCCUCCCGGGAGCACCGGCACCUCCGGGCUGCCCUCCACAACGGCCACCACCCUACGCGGAUCCUCCCGGGGCACCACCCGGGGCCCUUCAUCGGCGGCCCCCACUCCCACGGUGACUCCGGUGGAGACCCGGACCUCACCCAGGCUGUCCUCGGCCACCGCCACCACACCGGGCAAGGCCCCUGAGUGUGUGCCGCGCUGUGUCUGGACAGACUGGCUGGACCAGAGCUACCCCAUGCCGGGGCCCUCGGGCGGCGACUUUGAGACCUUCGACAACCUCCGGGCGGCCGGCAGGCUUCCGUGUGCGCGGCCCGUGGGCCUGGAGUGCCGGGCCCAGUCCGAGCCCCAGGUGCCCCUGCAGCAGCUGGGCCAGGUGGUGCUGUGCAGCCUGGCGGAGGGCCUGGUGUGCCGCAACCGCGACCAGAGCGGCAGGUUCCCGCUGUGCCUCAACUACGAGGUCCGCCUGCUCUGCUGUGACGACUACCGUCACUGCCCCUCAACUCCGGCCACCAGCACGGCCCCUUCCUCGCCUCCCGGGAGCACCGGCACCUCCGGGCUGCCCUCCACAACGGCCACCACCCUAAGCGGAUCCUCCCGGGGCACCACCCGGGUCCCAGGGCCCACCCAACAGACCCCAGGCCCCGGCACCUCAGCCAGCACAACCCGGGCCACCUCCAGCCCAGGGCCCAGCACCUGGGAAUCACCGUCGCCCCCCGGUCCUCUGACCACCAGCCCCUUGCCGGGAACCACCCAGGGCCCUUCAUCGGCGGCCCCCACUCCCACGGUGACUCCGGUGGAGACCCGGACCUCACCCAGGCUGUCCUCGGCCACCGCCACCACACCGGGCAAGGCCCCUGAGUGUGUGCCGCGCUGUGUCUGGACAGACUGGCUGGACCAGAGCUACCCCAUGCCGGGGCCCUCGGGCGGCGACUUUGAGACCUUCGACAACCUCCGGGCGGCCGGCAGGCUUCCGUGUGCGCGGCCCGCGGGCCUGGAGUGCCGGGCCCAGUCCGAGCCCCAGGUGCCCCUGCAGCAGCUGGGCCAGGUGGUGCUGUGCAGCCUGGCGGAGGGCCUGGUGUGCCGCAACCGCGACCAGAGCGGCAAGUUCCCGCUGUGCCUCAACUACGAGGUCCGCCUGCUCUGCUGUGACGACUACCGUCACUGCCCCUCCACUCCGGCCACCAGCACGGCCCCUUCCUCGCCUGCGGGGAGCACCGGCACCUCCGGGCUGCCCUCCACAACGGCCACCACCCUAAGCGGAUCCUCCCGGGGCACCACCCGGGUCCCAGGGCCCACCCAACAGACCCCAGGCCCCGGCACCUCAGCCAGCACAACCCGGGCCACCUCCAGCCCAGGGCCCAGCACCUGGGAAUCACCGUCGCCCCCCGGUCCUCUGACCACCAGCCCCUUGCCGGGAACCACCCAGGGCCCUUUUUCACCGUCCUUCACCACCUCCUGCUUGUGCCGGGCGUUUGGGCAGCUUUUCUCACCAGGGGACAUCGUCUACAACAGGACUGACCAAGCCGGCUGCCAGUUCUACGCCGUCUGCAACCAGCACUGUGAACUGGACCGCUUCCAGGGCCACUGCCCCCUCCCCACUUCCGCCCAGUCCCCGACUGCCGCCCACGUUAGCCCCCUGCCCCCCGGCUGCAACCUCAUCAACCCUCCCCGGCAGGUGAACGAGACCUGGACGCUGGAGAACUGCACCGUGGCCCGGUGCGAGGGCGACAAUCACAUCUCCCUGCUGAAGCCGAAGCCGGUGGACAAGGGCACCUGCGUGAACGGGCACCCGCCGGUGAAGGUGCAAAGCCCACUGGACCCCUGCGAUUUCCACUAUGAGUGCGAGUGCUCCUGCAGCAGCUGGGGGGGCUCCAAGUACCUCACCUUCGACGGCACCCCCUACACCUUCCACGACACCUGCACCCACGUGCUGGUGAGGGAGAUCCACCCCCGCCGCGGGAACCUCUCCAUCCUGCUCGACAGCCACUACUGCGGGGCGGCUGCGGCCGCGGCCUCGUGUCCCCGCGCCCUCAUCGUGCACUACGCGUCCGUGGAGGUGGUCCUCACCACCACCGCCAGCGCCAGCGGGCAGGAGGAGAGCCUGGUCCUCUUUGACCAGGUCCCGGUGAGCCAUGGCUUCAGCAAGGACGGCGUGAAUGUGUCCGUGACCGGAAGCACCACGGUGCGUGUCGACAUUCCCGCCAUCGGCGUCAGCGUCACCUUAGAUGGGCACGUCUUCCAGAUCCAGCUGUCCUACAGCCACUUCGGCAACAACACAGAGGGCCAGUGCGGCACUUGCACCAACAACAGGACGGAUGACUGCCGCCGGCCAGACGGCACCGUGGCCCCCACCUGUCAGGACAUGGCCAAGGACUGGCUGGUCCCCGGGAGCUGCGGGGCACCAACAGGCCCCCCCACGACCACCGCCCACUCCCCGGCCCCGUGGCCCACUGCUCCCUCUGCUUCCUCGUGCCCCCCUGCGCCCCUGUGUGAGCUGCUGCUGAGCCAUGUCUUCAAAGAGUGCCACAGCCUCAUCCCGCCCGGCCUGUUCUUCAGCACCUGCGUCAGUGACACCUGCCACAGCAGCCACCCCCAGGCACCCUGCCAGAGCCUGGAGGCCUAUGCGGCGCUCUGCCGUGUCCGGGGCGCGUGCAGCGACUGGCGGAAUGCCACCGGCGGGCUGUGCGACCUCACCUGCCCACCUGGAAAGGUGUACGAGGCGUGUGGACCUGCGCAGCCCAGGUCCUGUGACUCCAGGAGACAGUUCCCAGAGAGCAAGAGGCUGGUGGAGGGCUGCUUCUGUCCCGACAGCCACAUCCUCUUCAACUCCUACACGGACAUCUGUGUGCCCGAGUGCCCCUGCGUGGGACCAGACGGGUUUCCCAAAUUCCCUGGGGAGCAGUGGAUCAGCAACUGCCAAACCUGCGUGUGUGACGAAGGCUCCGUGUCGGUGCGGUGCGUCCCGGUGCGGUGUGAGGCCCAGGCCCAGCCCCCGGACUGUGGCCGGCCUGGCUUCGUGCCUGUGAUCAGGCCCCAGGCUGGCAGCCCGUGCUGCAAGGAGAUGCUGUGCGUCUGCAACACGAGCGCCUGCCACCAGAGCCCCCCGCAGUGUGGGCCCCGAGAGGAGCUGGUGCGCACCCAGCAGGAGGACCAGUGCUGCCCCACCUACUCCUGCAGGCCCAAGCUGUGCGCCUACAACGGCACCUCCUACGGGAUCGGGGCGACGUUCCCAGCGGCCAUUCCCUGCCACACAUGCACCUGCCGGUCUGUGGACAACCAGGAGCCAACCGUGCACUGUGAGGAGGACACCUGCAACACCACCUGUCCCCAGGGUUACCAGUAUUCGGUGGCGGCGGCCGGGCAGUGCUGUGGGAAGUGCUUGCAGACAGCCUGCCUCACACCUGAUGGCCGGGUACUGCAGCCCAACGAGACCUGGGUCAACAGCCUCGUGGACAACUGCACCCACUACCACUGCCAGGUCGAGAGCGGGGUCCACGUGCUGAUCCCGAGGCCCGAGGCCUGCCCAGACCUGUCCAGUUGCAGGGGCCUGCUCCGGAAAACAGGCUGCUGCUACUCCUGCGAGGAAGAGGACUCCUGCCGGGUCCGCAUCAACAGGACGGUGCUGCGACACCGGGGCUGCGAGGCCCCGGUGAACAUGACCUUCUGCGAGGGCCCCUGCCCAGGAGUGUCCAAGUACUCCCCCGAGGCCCAGGCCAUGCAGCGGCGGUGCACCUGCUGCCGGGAGACCAGGGCCCGCGAGGAGGUGGUGGCCCUGCGGUGCCCCGAUGGGACCUCCGUGCAGCACUCCUACACCCACGUGGAGCAGUGCAGCUGCAACCCCGCCUGCGUGCCCUCGCCGGCCGCUCCCACGGACCCCGCCUCUGUUGUGCUGUCCUAGGGGGCCACCACCGUCUGCUGCCAUUCUGCCCCACCCACCUUCCCACCUUCCCACCUUCCACCUGCCCUGGGUGGAACCCACAGCCCGGCGGGGGACAGUGCAGUGGGGGUCCAGCUGAGGAAGGCACAAGCCAGGGAGGCCCUCCUCCGCCCCCCCAUCCAGGUCGCCCGACUGGCCCCGCCCCUGCAUCAGAGGGGC